AUGGAUAACUUCCCAUACCAAAUGAUAUCAAACUUACGUCCUCACACUACCACGGAAUGGAGGCUCAAAGUGCGAGUAACAAGAAUGUGGCCAAAGAUCGAUCGUCGUGGAGAAACAGUAGGAGUGAACAUGAUUUUCGUCGAUGAAUUGGCUGGACGAAUUCAUGCAUGGAUUCCUGCUCAUAGCUUCAAUAUGCUGCAAAAUCUAUUUAAUGAAGGCGAAACCUAUGAUGUUCGAAAUUUUGUUGUAAGGCCAUAUGGGGCCAUGCAAACUGAAAGAUGCUUCAGAAAUGACGUCUACAUCCAAUUAUAUCAUAUGACUCAGGUUGUUGCUACUGGAGGUGUGGAUUACAUCCCGCGUCAUGUGUUUCAAUUUACCGACUUGCCCGCUAUUACCAAUGCUGCACUGCAAGAGGAUUAUUUGAUCGAUGUUAUUGGCAUUAUGGAACAUGUAAACCCAAUCAUGAACUACAGGAACAAGUAUAAUCAAGAAAAUUCAAGCAUUACCUUUACACUCAAUGAUAUGAGCAUUUCUGCUGAGGUUACUUUCUACAAUGAGCUUGCUCAAGCUUUUGAGCAAGGAAUCCGUGAUGCUGAUGAACACCCAGUAAUUCUGAUCAUAUCAAGUUGUAAAUCUACUUUCAUUCGAGGUGAGCCGAAUUUGUCAAACUUGCCACCAACCAGGUUUUUCAUUAACCAUACUCAUGAGGCUGUGGAUGAUUUCAGGAACGCAUUAAGACGAAAAGUAUACCCAACAGUUGAAGAUACUAAAGGAAAACAGGUUAAAGAAAUACAAUAA